UCCCCGCCAGGCGCACCUGUCCCCGCUGCACGCCGUCGGAGUGCGCUCGCAGCCUUUUACUUUCCACCUCGAGUUUCCUGGAGCCAGCGGCUGGCGAGGGCGGCAGAGGGCAAGCCUAAAGCAGGCUCUGUCCAGGCCGGCGCAGGGGCCACAGUCCGUAAGAGUCGAGCCGCGUGGACGUCGCUGCGGCCACCAUGGUAGCCACUUGCCUGCAGGUGGUGGGCUUCGUCACUAGCUUCGUGGGCUGGAUUGGAAUCAUCGUCACCACGUCCACCAAUGACUGGGUGGUGACCUGUAGCUACACCAUCCCCACCUGCCGAAAAAUGGACGAACUGGGAUCCAAGGGGCUGUGGGCUGACUGCGUCAUGGCCACUGGUCUCUACCACUGCAAGCCCCUGGUGGACAUUCUCAUCCUACCAGGCUACGUCCAGGCUUGCCGAGCCCUCAUGAUCGCUGCUUCGGUUCUGGGCCUGCCGGCCAUCUUGCUGCUGUUGACAGUUCUCCCGUGCAUCCGAAUGGGCCACGAGCCUGGAGUGGCCAAGUACAGGCGAGCCCAGCUGGCUGGGGUGCUUCUUAUUCUGCUGGCUCUCUGCGCCAUCGUCGCCACCAUCUGGUUCCCUGUGUGUGCCCACCGUGAGAUCACCAUCGUGAGCUUUGGCUACUCGCUGUACGCGGGCUGGAUCGGUGCUGUGUUGUGCCUGGUGGGUGGCUGCGUCAUCGUCUGCUGCUCUGGGGACGCACAGUCAUUUGGAGAAAACCGUUUCUAUUACUCUUCGGGCUCCAGCUCGCCCACUCAUGCCAAGAGUGCCCACGUCUAAGAGGGCUGCUCCACUGCCCACCGAGGUGCUGUAGAUGCUGGGCCCGGGGGGCCCUGGGUUUGCUUGCCACAGUGGGGAGAAGCCCACUUCCCUGCCAGGCACUGAAGCCAAAGGUCUAGAAAGAUUCCUGCCUGACAUUUUGCAGUCAUAACUCCACCCACCCCACCACUUCUUGGUUUCCUUAAGAAAUAUCUAGCUCACAUAAUGCCACAUAGUUUUCUUAUGCUGUUGUGGGCUGUUAGCUCUUUCUUCCGGCAUUCCGUUGCUGUUGAUUAAAAAAAAAAUAUAUAUUUUGUUUCUCUCUUAAAUUCAAAUGAUUUGGGAACAUUGCUAAAGUGGGCAUGGAUUGGGAGAGAAAUAAAAGACAGUUUUCAGUCGGUUACCAACUACAAUGGAAGCCUCAUAGAGACACUGCUCUGUUUUCUUUUGCCUCUUAGUUUCAAGGUCACUUACAUAUAAGAGAUAGAAAAAGAUAGACUUGGGAACAUGGGUGGGAGAGGAACCUCGGGACUUUCUGUGGGAAAACUUCUCUUUUAUAAGUUGAGGGGUUGGGACUCUUUUUUUAGUUUGUGAUUUUACAUUUUUCUGUACAUAUUUUUUCAAGAUUGAUCAUUUUUAUAACCAUGGGUUUCCUGAAAUUCUCAAUUCACCAAUAUGAAGGAAAUGAACCAGAUAGACUUUAAUUUGCAAUAAGUAACAGUACGGAGAUUAUAACUCUAACUGACCGUCCACGAGUUUCAGGUUUGUAUGCUGUAGUUUUUAAUUCUACACCUGCGUAUGCUUCAAAUUAACACAUUUAAAAACUCUUUCACCCUUUCUAUCUCUGUCUCCAUUCUGUUAGCGAUCUUGAAGCAAUGUUGUUUAACAUAAGUUGUACUGUUGAAUUGGCUUCGUGGGUGUAAACACUGAUGGUCUGUCAGUGUCUAAGACUCUGGCCCUGCGAGCACGGUCGGUGCAUUUGUUCAGGUAAAAUCUGUGAAAUAAAAUAAUAAACUGUCUCCAACG